AUGGCGAAUAAGGAUGUAAAUUACCGCUCAAAGCUAUGUGAGUUGCUAUGAAAUUUGUUAUUUUAUCAUUUAGUGUCCGAAAAAAUCUCCGAAAGCAUCCAUGUGGCCGAUCAUGACCCUUCAAUGGCCCUCUAUCGCCUCCAGGAGCACAUUCACAAGGCUUCUCCGGCGCUAAUUAACGCAAAAUACUCGAAUUUCCGCGCGAAUGCGGCGAUUCAGAGCUCAUGUUGUGAUCUGGAUUCGUCCAAAGAGUAAGAACUUGACUUUUUGGUGAUUUUUCGACCAAAAUUUAUAUUGUACUAGACAUCAAUCAAAAAUUUUUAUUAUUUUAAUUUUUUAGAACCCUAGAACAAAUGAAAGUGGCCUCAGCGACCUUCGAUCGGGUCCACGACCUCCUGAAGAACGCCAUGUUUUACAAACAACAACUAAAUUAUGAAAAUUCCAGAGCUACGGAAGCCAAAGAGCAAUAA